CGGACUUUUUGAUUUCACAUUUGCUGCCCAGCCAUCAGAAAGACGAUGUUGACACUUAGCAACUAAAAUAUUUAAGUUUACAACAACGCUUGUUUUCGCAUAGCCGCUUCUUUACCUUAGAUACACACUAUUUAAGUAGUUUAAUAGUUUAUAAACUCGUGUAAAGAGUCAAACUGAUGUCAUGUUAACGAACAUCCAGUAUGAGCAGCUCUGGUCCUCUGAAGAAGAAGAGCUACAUGGGGCAGCACCAGAUCAAGAAGAAAAAAGGUUUCCAAGCUCCUGAUGAGCCUCCAGAAGGAGACAGGCUGUUGCAGAAAAAACAGCUCAUAUCAGGCAAAACAAACAUGAGCAAAGACAGCUUCAUGGAUGGAGGAGCCGUGUUCCCACUGGGAGAAUCCACAUUAGCUCUUGAUGAAGAGAUGCUGCAGGUGCUGGAUGCUGUAGACCCCGUGAAGCCUGCAGCUAACAAUUCUUGUCCGACAACAGUCAACAGAGAUGUGCAGGAAGAGCCAGCAUCAUCAUCAGCUGUCUUUGCCAGAGCACCACAGCCCACAGGACCCCACAGAGCGCCUAGCAACCAGGGGAGAGUGUGUGGGCGUAGUAACCAGAGACCAGGAUGGAGCGCUGACUGUAAAGACCUGGCACAGAGGCUCCUCUUCAGUGAGGACUCUGAGGAAGUGGGGCAUGCUCAGAGGGGCAUCCAGCAUCCAUCACCAGCUCCAACCUGUAUCAAUGGGCGAUCAUGUCAAGAAAUGAAAAACACUCAGCAAGCAGGCAGCUCCACCAAGCAGACAUCCAGAAGAAAAAGCUCUCCUCGUAGCAAAGACAAAAGUGGGUCGAACACGAACGCCGAUCCACCUCUGGAUGCGUCCAGGGACUACAUCUUGUUCAGCCCCACCCGCCUCGCAGCUGCCAGAAAGAGGGCCAAACUCCAGGCGUCGUUGCAGAACCAGUCCGCCUCCGUGCUCACAGUCCCCAGCGGCUUAGACGUCAGUCCUCUCAGUGACGCUUUACCUCAGCCAGGCAUUGCAUUGUGUGCUCCCGCGGGGCAAGCCGAGAAGCUGCUGUUAUGCAGCUGGGGCUUACCAAAACCCGUCCUGGAGCGCUACCAGAAACACGGAGUAACUCACAUGUUCGAAUGGCAGGCUCAGUGCCUCACGGUUGGACAGGUGUUGCAGGGAGGUAACCUGGUAUACUCUGCCCCCACUAGUGCUGGAAAAACUCUGGUGUCGGAGCUGCUGAUGUUGAAGCGUGUGUUGGAGACUAAAAGAAAAGCUCUCUUCAUUCUGCCUUUUGUCUCUGUGGUUAAAGAGAAGAUGCACUACCUUCAGAGUGUAUUUGAAGAGGCAGGAGUCCGCGUGGAGGGAUAUAUGGGCAGCACCUCGGCUGCUGGCGGGUUCAAAGCUCUGGAUGUGGCUGUUUGCACCAUAGAAAAAGCCAAUUCUCUCAUUAACAGACUCAUUGAAGAGGACAAUAUGGCUCUACUAGGUAUGGUGGUGGUGGACGAGUUACAUAUGGUUGGAGAUUCUGGAAGAGGAUACCUGCUAGAACUGCUCUUAACCAAAAUCCGCUACAUUGCGCAGAAGCAGAACACCACUGGGUCUCUCUCUGAAGGUGUGCAGAUCAUAGGAAUGAGCGCCACUUUGCCUAACCUCUCCCUCCUGGCCAGCUGGUUGGGUGCAGAGCUUUACCAGACAGACUACAGACCCGUACCCCUGCAUGAGCACCUCAAAGUGGGCUGCAAUAUCUAUGACAAGAGCCUCUCUGUGAUCCGGCAGUUCACUCCUGCACUCCACGUCAAGGGCGACGAUGACCACAUAGUGAGCUUGUGCUAUGAGACAGUGAGAGAGGGCCGCUCUGUGUUGCUGUUCUGCCCCUCGAAGAACUGGUGUGAGAAGCUGGCAGACAGCAUCGCCAGAGAGUUCUACAACAUCAGACAUACUGAUCGUCAGGGCGAAGCAGAGCCUCAGCCGGUGUGUCUGGAUCGGGAGGGACUGGUGGAUGUUGUCGCCCAGUUGAGACGAACUCCAGCUGGUUUAGACCCCAUCCUCCAGCGAACGGUGCCAUGGGGGGUGGCCUUCCACCACGCUGGUUUGACAUUUGAUGAGCGUGAUGUGCUGGAGGGAGCUUUUCGUCAGGGCAUGGUCAGAGUCCUGGCCGCCACCUCUACCCUCUCCUCGGGGGUUAAUCUCCCAGCUCGCAGGGUCAUCAUUCGAACCCCUACCUUCAACGGACACUUGUUGGACCCGCUCACGUACAAACAGAUGGCUGGACGAGCGGGUAGACAAGGAGUAGACACAACAGGUGAGAGCGUGCUGGUGUGUAAGGAGGCAGAGCGUCAGAAAGGUAUCAGUCUCCUUACGGGUGCUCUUCAGCCAAUCAGCUCCUGCCUGGUGAGAAGGGAGGGAGAAGGCGUCACCACCAGCAUGCUGCGAGCCAUCCUAGAGAUCAUUGUCGGAGGCGUAGCCAGCACUCCACAGGAUGUGAAGUCAUACGCUCUGUGCUCACUACUGGCUGCCAGCAUGACCCGUGACGGCAAAAAAGAAUCAAAUGAAGAGACCAACAAAGGAGCUAUUGAGGCCUGUGUUGAGUGGCUGAUGGAGAACGAAUUUAUCAGUAUCCAGAAGGACGGACAAGAGGAGCGCUACUGUCCGACUCAACUUGGUGGUGCCACCCUCUCUUCGUCCCUCUCCCCUCCUGAGGCUCUGGGAAUAUUUGCAGAUCUCCAGCGGGCCAUGAAGGGCUUUGUACUGGAAAACGACUUGCACAUUCUGUAUCUGAUCACCCCGUUGUACGCCGAGUGGACCACCAUAGACUGGUAUCAGUUCUUCUGUCUGUGGGAGCAGCUCUCUUCAUCGAUGAAGAGAGUAGCGGAGCUGGUGGGCGUCCAGGAGGGUUUUCUCGCAAGAUCUGUCGGUGGCAAACUCGUCGCCAAGACAGAGAAGCAGCGUAGACAGAUGGCUAUUCAUAAACGGUUUUUCACAACCCUCGUGCUACAGGAUCUGGUGAAUGAGGUGCCUUUGGGAACAGUGGCAUCCAAAUACAACUGCAAUCGUGGGCAGUUACAGUCUCUCCAGCAGUCUGCCUCUACAUACGCAGGUAUGGUAACAGUGUUCUGCAAGCGUCUGGGCUGGCACAACAUGGAGCUGCUGCUGUCCCAGUACCAGACCAGGCUGAGCUUCGGAGUCCAGAGGGAGCUGGUCGACCUCGUCAGAGUUUCCCUCCUGAACGCGACUAGAGCCAGAGCGCUGUACGCACAAGGCCUCUGUACCGUCGCUGAACUAGCCAGGGCCACUGUGGCUGAUGUGGAGAAAGCCCUGAGGAAUGCUGUCCCAUUUAAGAGCUCUAAGCGCGCAGUGGACGAGAGCGAGAUGGAGGCCGCCGAGAGACGGAGCCUCCGCUGCGUCUGGGUGACCGGCGGUCGGGCCCUGACGGAGCAGGAGGCCGCUGUUGAGAUUGUGUCUGAGGCGAGGCUCCUCCUACGGGAAGAUCUGGCUCGGUUAGGAGUUCAGUGGGACCCGACAACUCUUCCUCCUGAGGCUCCUGCUGUAAACGAUCCCGAUGAUGCAGACGCCUCAUCUGUCUCAUGUCUCAGCUCACAUGAAGCACAGGUCGACAGCAAUACAGAUCACCAGGAAGGAGACAGGGUCAAGAAAAGUGAGAGUAAAGAUAUUGACAGACAUGGAGGAGAGAAUAAGGAAGAAGAUAAACGUGAGAAAGCAGAAGGAGAAGCCAACAGAGAGGAUGCGAAGUCCAGGCCCGAAGACACGUUAGCAAAGGAGCAAAGAAAGGUAGACAGGACAGAGCCAGAAGUCAGACAAACGAGUAGUGAAGUGUCAGUGGAAAGAGGAAACAACGAGACAAAUAAAGGAUUAUUAAUGGCAAAUGACACGGAAGAUCCCGAUGCAAAAAGAGAAAGACAAAAGCACACAAGGUCAAAGCAAGAAGAGGAAGCAUGCAAGAAAGCAGAGCCAAAAGAAGAGGAGACAACUAAAGACAUCGUCUCAGUCAGACCAGAGAGUCCUCAAGCUAAUCGUCCCGUUCCUGAGAGGAGCCUGACACAGGAGCUGGCUGAAAUCGUAUCCAGUCCCCUGCUUCGACCAAGGCCACGUCCUCCGCCCUCUCCUUCCCCAAUGCCUCCUCCUCGGUUUAGAGCUCCAAUAUCCCGAGUAGAAAUACAACACAGUGAUCCUGCAAGGAAAUCAAGAGGAGAUGGAGCCUCACCUGUGCAUCCAGGUAGACUGAAGCACUCGAGAGCCUUAAGCAAAAUCCUACACUCUAUACAAACUGACAAAAGCCUGCAAGAUAAUGUAGAGGCUGCACAGACGUCACACUCAAAACCCUCGAUGGUUUCUUCAGCCCAAAAUACAGCGCCUGCAGCAACAACAGUUCGACCUCCUGACCCCGUGCAAGAAACCCCUCUCAAUGUUUCUGCACCUACAAAUGCAGACAGGUUAGACUCUCCUCUGACCGUCUCUCCUGCCUCCGUCCCCUUAUUCUCUCCUGAGGCAAAGCGGAGACGGAUGGACGGCGGAGAGGUAGAUAAGUUUUCAUCUCCCGAGCUGUACGCAGGAGACGAGGGAGAUGAAGAAGCUGUUAAAAAAGGAGAAGAGAGUUUCGGCGACAGCUUUGAAUUGGACACUCAGACAGAAAGAAUCAUCGCUCAACAGGCAUGCCAACACAGAGAUGGGAAUGAUAGAGAUACGAAUCAGUUGGUAGAAACAGAGAUAAGAGAGGAGGAGAUGGCAGAAGCAGCUGUAGAGAUGAAGAAGGACACACAUGAGGAAAGUAACAGGCUUGAAGCCCCUGACAGUGCAUGUCCCAGAUUCAAUAGUUCUCUCACAGAUAGCCAGAUGGAGCUCAUCCUCAGCCACCAGAUUUCUCCUGGUCCAGGUGGUGAUAAUGUAGUAGACGAAGGUGGUGAUGAGGAUGCCAAUCAGGCUGCUUCCGAGAGUGUCAACAGAAGCAGCAGCUUCCUGUUCGACAGCCUGUACGACAGCUCUCUGCUGGCCGGUUUGAGCCCGCAUCAGAUCCUCGACCAAUCGGACGAAGAGGAGCCUGUUGGCCAGGAGAUCAGAGACCCUCUUCUGUCAACCCAGGAGCGAAGACGCAGCGAGCUUCUCGCCAAUCAGGAGGCGGAAAAGCAGGAGGCAGUCCAAUGGAGCGAAUCCUCCUUCAACUUGUCGGAGUGGGGCGACUCGCUGCUGGUGGGCGAACACUUUCUGGAGAGGCGGAGCUCACUCAAACACACAGAGAGAACUCCAGAAGCCAGUCGUCAUAAAGCACAGCAGCCAGACGAACCUAAACCCCAUCAGAUACAGCCACAACCCGCCACUACAGCUACCACAACUCAAAAUGAGUAUGACAAGGAUAAAGCCAGUAAUAAUCAAGGCCAUAUGCACAACAUGAAACAGCAAAGUAAUGCACAAAAUGGCAAUAAGCCGAUGAAUGAAGGGGGUGAAAAUGGAAAGCAAGUAGAGACAAAUGCUUUAAUGUCACAUAAUACCGUUUUAAAACACCCACAAGCACCUGAAAGCUCUUUUGAUUGCAGCCCUGGUUUACAAGAGAUCUUUGACCGUUGGCCUAGUAUGUCUGACCAGCCCUGGCAAAACACCACAACAGGCCACGCAGCCGCUCAUACACUCAUAAAUGCUGCAAAUACAGCAGAAGUUGCCGAUCUACCUCAGCCCUCAAUACAGGUGGACGGAAACGGGGCAAAUGCACAGGCUGAUACUGCUGAGAAAGAUUCUCGAGAGGAACAACCCUUGAGACAUGACGGUGAGAAUGUAACGGAGAGACCGGGCUCUGUUGGCGAUCUUAUCCCCCCAACUCAGGAAACGCCACCCGUCACACCCAGAGUAAAACUGACGACCUCCUCCGUCCAGUCGCCUCUCACCGCUCAGCCACUCAGCCGGUCGACUCCCUCAACCCUCCUGCCACGGAAACCAGCAGUCACAACGUGUCCUAAGUCUCGCCCAGGACACAGUAAUAAAGCUGUUGUUGACACUAAACAGACUAAUUCUACAUCAGGUUGCAGCCGUGAACACCAGCUGGGAGAGAAACCUGUUCCACGCUCAAGUUCAAAAACAAACCCCCCGCUACACACCGACCAGAAUCGCAGCCCUCCCCGAGACCGCGCUUCUCCACCAUCCCGCCGGCCGAAGACUCCCUCUGACGCAGAAUCAUCACCCGUGAUUGACGAAGGCUUCUCUCUUCAGCUGUCCCAGGAUGCAUCGCUCUGUUCCAGCAACUCCGGCACCUUCUCCAUCAUAGACGUGGCGAGUGACAGGCGCCUCUUCCACACUUUCAUUAAUGAGUGGAAAACAAAGGAGCGGUACUCUCUGGCUUUGGCCUGUGAGAAGAGGGAGCACAGACAGCAGCCUGAGGAGGAAAUAGGAGGGAAACAUAAGAGAGCAUCAGCAGCUCACCAGAAGCUCCACAGGGCUGAUGGUUUUCCAGUAAGAGACAGUGAUGGACUGGUGUUGAUUGGACUGUCUGUCUGCUGGGGAGUUAGAGAUGCAUACUACAUGUCUCUGCAGCAAGAGCAGAGCAAAGGUUUGAGCUCCAGUCUGGCCCCUCCCCCACUGGAUGAUGAUUUGCCAGUAAGUGAGAGGUUGCGGCAGGUGAAGACCUGUCUGAGCGGGCCUCAAGGAGGAGGUGUUGUUGUCACGUAUGACAUCAUUCAGGUGUACAAGAUGCUAGUCCUGAGCUGUGGCAUCAGCUUGGAGGGAAACUGUGAAGAUCCAAAGGUUGCGUGCUGGCUGGUGGACCCUGGCAGCGAGGAGAGGACUCUACCCAACAUGGUGACGGUCUACUGUCCUGAAGAGUUACCUCUGCUGGACGGACUUGGGAAUGCGCAUGCACACUGUCCUCGUGUCAGGGCGGCGACCAAGAGUGUGCUCUUACACUCCGUCAUGAACCAUCUCACUGGCCUGCUAGAGAAGGACGGCAUGCUCGACGUAUUCAGGAGCGUUGAGAUGCCCUCCCAAGUGUCUUUGGCUCUGUUGGAGUUGAACGGAGUUGGCUUCAGCGUCCAAGAGUGUGAAAGACAAAAACAUGUGAUGCAAGCCAAGCUCACAGCGCUGGAGUCUCAGGCUUACAACCUGGCCGGACACAGCUUCUCCCUCACCAGCAUCGACGACAUAGCACAGGUGUUGUUUUUAGAGCUACACCUGCCUCCAAACGGUGACGUGGGUGGACCGAAAAGUAAGAAGACUCUUGGCUACACCAGGAGAGGCGGCGGCGGCGGCAGAGUACGACUUGGAAAGCAGUUCAGCACCACCAAGGAUGUUCUGGAGAAGCUCCGCCCGCUGCACCCGUUGCCUGGUGUUAUUCUGGAGUGGAGGCGGAUCACCAACGCCUUGACUAAAGUGGUGUUCCCCCUGCAGAGGGAGAAGCAAUACCACACCACACUGGCCAUGGACAGAAUUUACACCAUCGCCCAGACACACACCGCCACAGGUAGAGUGAGCUUCAUUGAGCCCAACAUCCAGAAUGUCCCCAAAGACUUUGAGAUUUCCUUGCCCACGGUGGUGGGGGAGAGCCCACCUUCACAAGACCGCUGCCACACGACCACCAAAACAGGAAAGAAGAGACGUUCUGUGGUGCCUUCAGCUUCAGCGGGCCGUGCAGAACAAGGCCCGGCCUUCUCUGUCAGCAUGAGACACGCCUUCGUACCUUUUUCAGGUGGGAUGAUUUUGGCAGCUGAUUAUUCUCAACUGGAGUUGAGAGUGUUGUCUCACCUCUCCAAGGAUCAACGCCUUCUGCAAGUGCUGAAUGGAGGAGCAGACGUGUUUCGCUGCAUUGCCGCCGAGUGGAAAAGCAUCGACCAAGGGUCUGUGAGCGACAACCUCAGACAACAGGCAAAACAGAUUUGCUAUGGCAUUAUCUAUGGGAUGGGAGCCAAGUCUCUGGGGGAGCAAAUGGGAGUGGAGGAGAAUGACGCGGCCUGCUACAUAGAGAGUUUCAAGGCCAGAUACAAAGGGAUCAAUGUUUUCCUUAAAGAAACUGUGAAGAACUGUAUUAAGAAUGGCUACGUUCAGACUCUGAUGGGCCGUAGGAGAUACCUACCUGGGAUCACUAACGCCAAUACGCACAUCAAAGCACAUGCAGAGCGCCAGGCAGUGAACACAACUGUACAGGGUUCAGCAGCAGACAUCGUUAAGCUCGCCACCGUGAACAUCCAGAAACGACUACGCAAAACAUAUCCUGCAGCUCCACUCUCUCACCAGCACGCACACUCAGACACCAAUCACCGCAGGGCUGGGACGCCUCAACUCAGAGGAGCCUACUUUGUCCUGCAGCUGCAUGAUGAGCUCAUCUAUGAAACCACAGAGGAAGACCUCAUACAGGUUGCUCAGAUAGUCAAGAGGGAGAUGGAGUCAGCAGUAAAGCUGUACGUAAAGCUCAAGGCCAAAGUCAAGGUGGGAACCAGCUGGGGCAACUUGCAGGACCUCGAUAUAUAAUGUGAAUAUUUUGAUGUUUAAUGUCUACAUAAAAUACAUGCACUUAUUGCUUAAUGUUCUGUAAUAUGUUAAUACUACUGUACCAUUUGUACAGAAAUCAGUAUUUUUUUAAUCACUGCAUUAACAAUAAUGAAAUGCAAGAUAAAUACAUGCAUAUGAUUGCAUAUGAGCUCUAAAUGAACUAUUGAAUGUAUUUAUAUUUAUAUUUACCGGUGUACAGUGUAACAAAUAUACAUUUUUGUAAAAAGUAUAGCAUUUUAUUUACUAAUAACCCAAUACUUGCCAUGAAAUUUUUCUGCAAGAUGAUAUUCUAUGUAAUUUAAUAACUCAAAAUGUUUAUCUAUUAUCGCUUAAUGUGCUAAUUGUUUUUUUUUUUCGUGAAUUGUUUACUCUAUGAAAUGUCAAAAUUGUGGGAAGAAAAUGGCCGUUACAACUUCCAAGAGCCCAAGAUGAUGUGUGCAAAUGUCUUGCUUCAUUCAACAAAACGUCCCAAACCCAAAGAUAUUCAGUUUACAAUGAUAUGUGACAAAGAAAAGCAGCAAAUCCUCUCAUUAGAAGCUGGAACUGGAGAAUGUUUUUUGCCUUUUUUUCCACUAUUUUUACUUGAAAAAAAAUGACUGAAACAAUUAUCAAAAUAGUUGCAGAUCAUUUCUCCAUCGAACAACUAAUCGUUUCAGCUCUACUGUGAUGCAUGUAAAACAAAGACACCGAGCAGCUUUAGUCUUGAGGACAUCCUGAAAUCUCACAUUUUAUUGGACCGUUGGUUGAGUUGUCUGUCACAGGAACAUAUAUCAUUAUCAUGGUCACACAUUAACACUGUUUUGUUUUACACUUAUGACAUUCACUGCACAAGAAGUGUUGUCAAUAUGAUAUGACAUUUUCUGUGCAAA